CUCAUGUUGGGGCUGAAUUAUUCCCUGAUUCCGAAGAGUUAACUUCUCAAAUCCUGAUUGAAGGAUUACGAUUAGUAGAUUCCGCUGUCAUGCACAGCAUCGGUUCCUCCACUUUUGACAAUUUUAUGUUUAAAUUUAUCAAGAAUUACUUUAACUGUAAGAUACUUGACUCAAUUGAUCUGUUGAGUCGAAUUAUCAAAGAAAAUCUGUAAAAUGAGUGAAAUAUUUUUAGUAAUUCACGGGAUUAUGCAGUACUUGUGAGUCUUUUGUCAAAUAUGAGUGUCUCUCUGUUGUCGAACUCAAUAAAACAACUCGAGGAUUUCAGGUUCCCACAAAAAGAAGAUGGUUUUGUGUUUUGUACAUAAAAUAGUGAGAAAAUGCGGAAAAUGUGAGAUUUCCUCAUUCGGUUUGGAGUAUUUGACAAAACAAUUCCAAUUAUAUGUCAGUUCCCACCGCAGAUAUGUUCGAUCCCUCUUCAUUCUUUGUUCAAUGAGUGGAAAUCUACAAUUUUUGGAAGAUGAUAUGAAAACUUAUUUAAUCAAUCAUAUUUUGAACUUUUAUUGCAUUGAUUUCUCACUUGGAGCUGCUUGUCUGCCGUCUAACAAGCUUCCUGAUUGCUUUGGACGUAUUGACUCAUUAUACCACGAAUAUGCCACAAUUCACUUCAAUUUUAACAAAAAAUAUAGUCCAGAACUGAAACUGGUGGCACUGAUUUUGGAAAACGGGGUGGAGUUGUGUCAGAAUGACUUGAACGUCUGCUCUCAGUCUGACAUGUUCGACUCUUUACUGAAUCUAUGGGGAAAUGAGUCUCUUAGUCUACCUAAAACCGACCUGAUUGCUUCAUUUUUGGAUUACAUUGAAGAACAUUAUAAAUAUGAAGUAAUGGACACAAUUCCUUUGAAUUCUCUGAGUAUUCAGGUUGAGUGUUUGGCUAAAUUGGCCAAGAUAUUCGAUUCGAUGACAGGGAGAUUGGCAGGUGUCGACUAUUCUAAUUGCUGUACUUUCGCUCCGCACUAUUUCAUUUGGAAAUAG